AUGUUUAUAAUAAUGUAUCCAGUUCAGGCCGCUAUCAUGGUACUUUUUACGGGCCCCCUCGCAAUAAUUACUGCUUGGAUGGCGGUUCUUCAACAGAGCGGAAUAGUAUCAGUAUUCAUCAUAACUUAUUUAUUAAUGCCUGAGAUUCAAAGAGUGGCGUUUGAUGCGGUUCUCAGUAGAGAAUGUGCUGAUGACGUUGUCCUUUUAGGAAAGUUAAGAAGAGUUGUUAAAGUUCCAUUUCUUGUGAAGUGUGGAAAUUUCCUCUGGAAGGUUCCAACAGUUUUGAUUCUUCCAUACACUAUUUGCAAAGCAUUGUUGAUAUUUGUGUUGAGUUCUAUACCACUCCUCGGGCCUGUAAUAGUAGUUCUAAUUCAGGCACCAUCUAAGGGAUUGCAAGCACAUGCCAGAUAUUUUGCGUUGAAAGGAUAUGACAAGAAGAAAAUUAAUGAAAUUUACAAGGCAAAUACAGGAGCCUAUAUGGGAUUCGGUAUAACUGCAAACUUGUUAGAAUCAAUUCCUUUAUUCAGUGUAUUUUUCAUGUUUACAAACACUGUUGGUGCUGCGCUCUGGGUAGUAGCAAUCGAGCAGGAAGAAAAGCAAAAAGCUGAAAAUGAAGCUGCGAACGAAGCUGCUGCAAUCGAGAAUAUAGAAUUAAUCGAGUCUUCUGAAAAGUUCAUCGAGGAGAGUAAAAUUCACCAAAGCAUCUAG